AUGAAGCGCAUCUUCUCCUGCUCCAGCUCACAGGUGGCGGUGGAGAGAUGGAAUCGUCGUGAUCAGAAGCUGCUGGAGGCAGUGCAGCGGGGGGAUGUGGGACGCGUGGCUGCCCUUGCCUCCAGGAAGUCGGCCCAGCCCACCAAGCUAGACUCCAACGGCCAGUCCCCGUUUCAUCUGGCAGCCUCCAAAGGCCUGACGGAGUGUCUGACCAUACUGCUUGCAAAUGGGGCUGACAUCAACAGCAAGAAUGAGGACGGAAGUACUGCCUUGCACUUGGCCACCAUCUCCUGCCAGCCACAGUGUGUCAAGGUCCUGCUUCAGCAUGGUGCUAAUGAAGAUGCUGUGGAUGCAGAAAACCGUAGUCCAUUGCACUGGGCAGCCUCCUCUGGCUGUGCCUCAAGUGUGCUCCUGCUGUGUGACCAUGAAGCCUUCCUGGACGUGUUGGAUAAUGAUGGACGCACACCCCUGAUGAUCGCAUCGCUGGGCGGUCACGCAGCUAUCUGCUCACAGUUGCUGCAGAGAGGUGCCCGAGUCAAUGUUACAGACAAGGAUGACAAGUCGGCUUUGAUCCUGGCCUGUGAGAAAGGCAGUGCUGAGGUGGCGGAACUGCUCCUGGGCCACGGAGCAGAUGCAGGGGCAGUGGACAGGACGGGGCACGAUGCUCUGCACUAUGCUCUGCACACGCAGAACAAGGCACUGUGGAGGCUGCUACGGCGGGCCUUGAACAGGCGGCGGAGGGGCGGUCAAAGGCUAGUCCAAUACCCAGAUCUUGCAUCUCAGGCCUCUCCAUCUGAGCCCCAGGUGGGUUCUCCACCUAAGAGCCCAUGGAGAGCAGAGCCCGAGGAGGAGCAGGAAGAAGAGGAGGAUGAAGAUCCAUGCUCAGAGGAGUGGAAGUGGAAGUAUGAAGAGGAGCAGAGAAAAGUUUCUCAGUUGGAACAAGAGCUGGUGCGCAAAACAGAGGAGUGUAAGACUCAAGCUGCGGCCUACCUGGGCCUAGAGAACCAGAUUCGAGAGCAGUUACAGGAGCUGGAGUUCCUCCUAUCCCAACAGCCUGCAGGUCCACGAAAGCGGGGCCCUAGUCUAAGGCCUGGAGGGGAUGGCAUGGAGCAGGUCUGUCCCCUGGACCUGCUGGUGGAGCACAUACAAGAGCUGAAGAAGCAGCAGCAGGUAGCAGCCACAGCCAACACAACAUUAGCUCCCAGGAAAGCUGAGGAUUCAGCCCCAGGAGAGGUUCAAUAUGAAGUCCAUGGAAGGUUCCAACCACAGGAACAGGGGCCACCCCAGAGCCCAAGGUCUGAGACCACUGGGAAAACCACAGAACAGCAAAUGACCACCAGUGGGGGACAGACCCUUGGCCCUGAUCAUACUAACCCGUUGUCUCCUGGCCUGAAGGAGAGACCCCAAGCCCCAGGGGUUGAACCAGCAGGCACAGUGGUUGAACCAGUGGGCAUAGCAGCCAUGGACCAGCUUCUGCUACAACUAAGGGAGGAGUUGGCUGCAGUUUGGCGAGAAAAGGAUGCUGCCCGGGGGGCUUUGUCAAGACCAAUCCUAGAGGGAGCCCUGGGGACUCCCCGGGCUGAGGCUGCAGCAGCUGCCUGGGAGAAGAUGGAGGCCCGGUUGGAGCGGGUGCUGGUGAGGCUGGAUCGGGCAAAGGCAGGACUACAGGUGAAACCUGCCCAGGAGUCCCAAGAGGGAGGCCCAAAGGCAGCCCCAGGGAGCAUCAGAGAGAAUGAAGAGAAGAAGAGGUCUCCUGGGGCUCGAGGAGAACCUCUAGGGGCCCCUGGAGGAGAACAGGCCCCAGGAGGAGGCCUGGCAAAGGGACAGUUGGAGAAGGAAGUGUCAACACUGAGACUGAGCAACAGUAACUUGCUGGAGGAGUUGGGGGAACUGGGACGGGAGCGCCAGAGGUUGCAGAGGGAGCUGCAGUCCCUGAGCCAGCGGUUACAACGCGAGUUUGUGCCCAAGCCAGAGGCGCAGGUCCAGCUACAGCAGUUGCGGCAGAGUGUGGGGCUACUGACAGAUGAACUGGCCAUGGAGAAGGAGGCCACAGAGAAGCUGCGGAAGCGCCUGGCCUCCCAGAGCAGUGGCCUUCGAGGGCUGUGGGACUGCCUGCCCCCAGAUCUAGUGGGCAAGGGGAGCGCAGGGAGCACAGUGGCCGAGCCCUUGGAGGAGCUGCAGGCCUGCAUCAGUACCCUGGUGGACCGGCACCGUGAGGCCCAGCAGGCGCUGGCUCGGCUGGAGGAGGAAAACCAGCAGCUGCGGGGGUCCCUGGCCCCAGGUGGGGAGCCAGGCGUCUCCUCAAGGGCCCCGGCAUCCCCCCAAGUGGCUGCUCUGGAGCAAGACCUAGGGAAGCUGGAGGAAGAGCUGCGGGUGGUUCAGGCCACGAUGAGUGGGAAGAGCCAGGAGAUCGGGAAGCUGAAGCAGCUGCUCUACCAAGCCACGGAGGAAGUGGCCGAGCUGAGGGCCCGGGAGGCCGCCAGCCUGCGGCAACAUGAGAAAACUCGGGGUUCGCUGGUGGCCCAGGCCCAGGCUUGGGGUCAGGAGCUAAAGGCCCUGCUGGAAAAAUAUAACACAGCCUGCCAGGAAGUGGGCCGGCUGCGGGGGGCCGUGGCUGAGGAGCGCCGCAGGAACGAGGAGCUGGCGGCUCAGGCCGCUGAGCGGGAGCAACAGGCCAGAGAGAUGCGCGGGCGAUCGGAGCAGUUCGAGAAAACAGCCGAGCUGCUGAAAGAGAAGAUGGAGCAUCUCAUCGGGGCUUGCCGGGACAAGGAGGCCAAGAUCAAGGAGCUGUUGAAGAAGCUGGAGCAGCUUUCCGAGGAGGUUCUAGCAGUUCGGGGAGAAAAUGCUCGCCUUGUCCUGCAGCUGCAGGAUUACCAGAAGAACCACGAAGAGAUCAUCUCAACCUAUAGGAAUCAUCUGCUGAAUGCUGCUCGGGGCUACAUGGAACAGGAUGUGUAUGAUAUCCUACUGCGAAUCCUCAGCAUAGAAGAGGAGUGAGGCAGCCUCAUAGUGUGCCCUCAGGGAUAUGGGGUUUCUCUGUUGGAAUAAGAGCAUCCCUGGUUGACAGAGGCUCCAACAGGCUGUGGGGGUAGGGGUGGGGUGUUUGGCUAUUAAGGGGUGGUGUGGGCAGGGCUGCACUUGACAUCAUGGACCUGGAUCUGAGAAGCUGGACCCUGGAAUCAGCAUGGAUGAGACCAGAGGAGGUGUGGAUGGAAACAAGCCCUGUGGAAAAUAAAGCAGAAGGCCAGAUGGUGCUGGG